CGACCAAAAUAUUUACAAGAAAAGGAAAAGGUCAGCAAAGGAACUACAUUUGAUGGAUCUUUUUUUUUCUUGAUAGUUUAGUCAAUAUAGAUACACAAUAGCAUGAGAAGUUGGAGAACCCUUUGAUAUUCUGUGACAAUUGCAAGCGGUUAUUUAAACGGCUACAGACUGACAGGGUCUUUUGAGGCCAAGUUUGUCUUAGCAGACAAUUUGUGUGUGUGAUAUUAAUGAUAUCUGACUGUCAAUCAGGAGCUCUUUAUGAAUACAGUGGACUACUGUGAAUUUAACACAGGGAUAACUGUGCAAAAAAAAAUGGAAGAAAAAUAUAGAAUUAACAAACCUCAGUUUCUGUCUGUCCUAAAAGACCAGAUCUUGGAGCAUGAAGUGAACAAGAAGAGAGACUUCUGGGUAAGGUCCCAGGAAAGUGAUGUUUCCAUCGCCAUUGAUAGGAACACGUUGGAGGAAGAGAGACAAUCCCGGAUCAAGAAACGCGUGUACCUACAGCAGUUUAGAGACGCCAAUAAAGAAUUGAUGGAGAAGAAAUGGGAGACUCAGAAAAACCAGAAAUGUUUGGAAGAUCGUGUAGACCGAGAAAGGCUAAAGUUAGAACCUAUCAACUGGACGAGGACAUUACACUGAUUUAAAAUCAUACAACACAACACUGUCAAAAUUAUUCAUAUUUGUUGGGAUUCAAUUUUUGUGAACCUCUUUCGAGCCCCACAGAUCUAAGGGGGUUCAGUUCCAGGAAGUCUCUUUCCAAUUGUAAUUAUUUAACGUUCUUUCCCAAAUACCCAGCUACCUUAAUGGUAAAAUACAAGAAAACAAUUGCAUUGAAGACGGAAGAACGAAAAUUUGUACUCAUUCAAAGAACUCGAUCUUCCUCGGUCUCCUAUUGUUUUCAUGGGACAUUAAUAUUGUUAAUUUGCGGUAAGGUCAAAUUUUUUUUUGGUUACGAAAGGGAAAGAUUUUAAAAAUCAAUGAAAGGAAUUCAGUCUUGAUUUUCCUCGUCUGACACAGAGUUUCAGGUGCCUUAUUUUUCUUAUUUCAUCUUUACUGUUCGAUCAACAAAGUCACACACACAAAAU